AAGCGGCAGGGAGGGGCUGGGGAAGCGCUGGGAGAGCCCCUGCCAGGCGGAGUGUCAGCAGCUGAGCGCUGGAGGAGCUCGGCCCUUCAAGGCUGCCAAGGGCGCAGGAAGAAGUCAGUGGGGUCGCUGGCCUUGGGCCAGGGGGCGGCCGCGAAGCUCCUGCCUUCAGGAGGGGAGCUGGGCCAGGCCCCAUCUCUCAGCCCCGCCGCUCUCAGGGGCAGAACCCGCCGCGCAGCCCGCGGCUCGGAGGAAGGGCAGUGCAGCACGAGCAACGCACCGCCGCCAUGCCUGCCCACGCGUAGUUCGGGAUGCGUCCAGGCAAAUUAUGCGGCAGGAGGAGCAGGAGGUGUGCGCACAGAGCCUGCCGGUGCCAGGAAAGCCUCUGGCGAGGCGCUUGGGCCGGCGGGCGGUGCGGACUCCGGACCGGGGUUUCCAGGGCGCCCAGCCGGCGCGGGAGAGAAGCGGGCGGGGCUUCUCGGCCGCCCACCUUGCCGUGGCAGCAGCCGCCGCCUCGCUCAGCGGGAUGGGCUCGCGCGACGCAACCCGCUCCGCAGUGAGCGCCGGCCGGCACGCCGCUGCAGCGAGGGCGCCGCCGACCCGCCCCGGCCGCGCUCGCGCCCUUUGCCAGCCUGCGCGGGGCUCGGCUCGGCGUUAGCCGCAGAGCAGACACACGCCCCACCGGCCGCGGCUCCUUGGAGGACGAGGCGGCCUUGCGAGGGAUGCCCGGCCGCCGGGACCAGUCAAGGUCGUCUCCCGCAAGUACCUCCCUGCUGCUCCCCCCCGGCCGCGCUGCUGCUCCCUGGAGGAAGCGGGCGGAUGGCGCCGGGCGGCCCCCAGCGCGCCCUGCUGCUGCUGCUCCUGGAGGCUCUGCAGCCGCCGGCCGCCGUGGCGGAGCCCGAGGCCACGAUCGACGGGCGGGCGCUGUCGGUCAGCAGCUUGCAAGAGGCCGAGAGCCGCGCCUUCACGUGCCUGGCCUCCGCGCCCAGCCUGGCCUGGUACCUCAACGGGGAGAAGCAGGAGACCAACGGCUCGAGCAGGCUCGUGGCCACGGCCGACGGCACCGCCUUCGAGGAGAGCAGCAGCACCUUCGUGGUGACGGCGCGGCGCCUGGACCGCCAGCUCAAUUGCUCGGCCACCGACCCGGCCACCGGCCAUGUCUCCAGUGCCUCCGUCAUGCUCAACGUGCAAUUUAAGCCAGAGAUUGUGAAGAUGGGUGCCUGGUACGAAGAGGCGAGGGACCCGGGGCUCCUGCUGGUGCUGUUCGUGCUGGUCCAAGCCAACCCACCGGCCAACAUCACCUGGGUGGACCAGGAUGGGCACAUGAUGGUGAACACCUCCACCUUCCUCAUGGUGGACACCAAGGCCUACCCCUGGCUCACCAACCACACCGUGCAGGUGCAGCUGAGCAGCCUGGCCCAGAACCUCUCCUUCAGCGCCGCCAAUGAUGUGGGCAUCACCAACUCCUCCCUUCCACUGCCUGGCUUCCUGGACACCCGUGUGGAGCUGCCCCUCCUGGCGCUUGUAGUGGGGGGUGCUGUGGCCCUGGGGACACUCCUGUGCCUUGGUGUGUGCAUGAGCUGUGUGCUCUACCGGAAGGGCAAGGAGGCAGCAGGGCUCUCCGCACCAGCCCAGAUGCCUCCCAGUGACUCCAACAACCUGAAGGCCAUGGUGGCCCAGCUGCCCCGGGCAAACAGGUCCCUCCCGGCCAACCUUCAGCUCAACGACCUCACACCUGAGCCGCCGCCACCGCCGCCGCGAGGUCUUGGCCAGUUCCCCAUGGUGGGCUACAUCUACAGAGCCUCCAGCAUGAGCAGUGAUGAGAUCUGGCUGUGAGGACAGCCUGGCACCAGAGCAAGGGCGAAGACCACUCCUGAGGCGGCUGGGCCUGCGUGGACGGGAGCCCCCCCCCCGGUGGGCAUCGGCCUCCAGGGGUGCCUGGCCAGUUCCCGAGGAGUCCACCAGGCCAGCAGCCAGCCUCUCCGCAGCCUACAGUUCAUCAUCCUGCGCUCCGCUCUGCUCCGCUGGGGGCCACCCCCUCCUCCCCUCCAGCACGGCAGCUGCCCCCCCGCUCCUUUUUCUCAACUGCCCCCACUUCAGGGGGGCUCGGUCUGCUUGCAGCUGGCGCUGCUCCCCCCUCCCCAGGCAUGUUUGCUUCCGGGCUUCUACACCCUUGAAAUAAACCAGCUCUGAUGAA